AUGUCGACUGCUCCUCUGUCCUCGCGACAGCGUUCGGCCUCGCGGAGCUCAAACAAGUCGGCAAAUCUAAUUCCUCCGCCUGCCCCGAGCAUCACGCCAAAGCAGGACGACGUCGGCUUUGAACCGAGCGCUGCGACAGCUUCCUUCUUCCUCUACGCCCAAAGAAACGUAAUCCUCUGUCUCCACCAUGAUACAUUGGCAAUCGAGCGGAGAUUCACAGGUCACCGUGAAGACGUCGUGUGGAUAUAUGUUGACAACAUCAGUGAGAGAGGCGCCGGCCGCUUGGUCGUGAGCUACGAUACUGGAAACACAGCCAUCGUAUGGGACCUCUUGACUGGCGACGAAGUGGCCCGGUUCGCCUCCUAUGAGCAUAUCCGGGUGGCGGCAUGGAUGCGUAACGGCAACGUCGCAUUCGGCAAUUCACAAGGAAACGUUAUACUCUUUGAGCCCUCGACGUCAGAGCAUGUGUCCGCGCGAACUAUUUUCGACCCCAUCACUGCUUUGGCACCGGUCGCGGAUUGCCGUACAUUCGCUAUCGGAUACCUCAACGGAUCAAUCCUGAUUGCCACCCUUCAGCCCGCUUUUACCAUCCUGCACACACUAACCACGCCGAGAUCACCAUCACCCAUCAUAGGCCUGUCUUGGCACGGAUCAUCAUCUAGGCAGAAAUCGGAGAUGCUUGCGACCCAGACUCAGGAUGGAGAUUUACGAGUUUGGAGCGUUCCUAAAGCUCCGCAUGCAGGAGAUCCUCCAUGUGUAAUUCGCGUUCUCUGCAAAACCGAAGUUCGAGAAAGUGGUCCUGUUUGGUUCAACUGGUCAAAGACUGGGCGCAUUGUACAGUAUUCCGAAGGCCAAACAUACGCGUGGGAUGUCAGAACGAAAAGAGUCUCAUUUGACACUGUGCCUACCAUCCCUGAUAUAGUGGGAAUUACAAACUAUGGACCAACAGCAACGUUGUUUACGCUUGGUCGUAAUCAUACGGUACAACAAUAUGACAUUAAUCCGAACGGAACUCCCCAACUAGUACAGAAUGUACAGCAUGUUCCCGCAAAUACGCCUCCUUCUCCGCCCAACUCAAUAGAUGAGCUCAAGGCGCGUCAGCAGCAGCCGCCGAUUCCGCAGGACACCUCUUCAGAGCUGUCAAGCCAAUCGGAGACUUCGGGUGCAUCGGCCCCCUAUGGUGAUACCACGAGUAGUGAGAAUGAAGCUGGUACAAUGUCACCACUCCAAAGGAUAGCUCAAGAAAUGGAUCAGCUAGAAGAAGAGCGCCGUGAUCGUGUUGGGCCCCUUAGUCCAACCUCAAGCAGAGCGUCAAUGAGUUCAAGAUCGUCAGGUGGCGCUCGGAGGAGAUACAGGUAUGAUAAGCCUUCAUCGACGAGACUGUCGGCCACUUCGAGUGAAAGCACAGGAACAAUAUUUUCUGUAGGCUCUUCGAAGCGUUCUGGUCACGAGAGUAUAUCUAUCAGAUCUACCUCUUCAGCUGCCUCAUCUUCCGCGUAUAAACCUUCCUCGCUCCGGAGAGAAUACCAAAAGAUGCGGGAAGAGCCCCAAACUCAUGUUGAUCUCUUCCCAUUUGUGAAAGCACGCUUAUCGGAGGUACCAUACCAGACGCCUACCUACAGCUCUGAGAGAACAGUGGACGAAAUGAGACAGCAAAUGAUAUCUGUCGUCUUCGGCUGGGAUGACACGGUGGAGGCACUGAUUCGUGAUCAACUCGCACGUCACAAGGCCGGAUCCGCAAGUGCGAUUUUACUUUCCAAGUGGCUGGGUGACGAUGGCUCAGACAUCAUGGCAUCUAUGAUCGGUUCUGAAUCCAUGUCUUCUUCAGACUGGAUGCUACUAGCCCUAAGCGCUAUGGGUGCAGAUUCUCAGAAGAAGGUCGGUCAAGCUUUCACUCAGCGUCUCUUAGAGAAAGGGGAUAUCCAUCCAGCCGCUGCGAUCCUCCUUGGCCUUGGAGAACAGAACGAUGCAAUCGAGGUCUAUGUGUCUCGUAGGUACUACCUGGAAGCAGUUCUCUUGACAUGCCUCAUGUUUCCCAACGAUUGGCAACGACAAUCUUAUCUGGUUCGAAAAUGGGGUGAGGUCGCGGUUGCACAUAAGCAACCAGAGUUGGCAGUCCGCUGCUUUUCGUGCACAAGUUUGGAGUCAGCGGAACCAUGGUUCUCACCUGCCGCUCAAGAUGCUGUAUUUCAUGCACAGAAGGAGUCGGUGUUGGGAUCCCAGCUUAGCCCUCCUCUCUCACCACCGUCUGCAGGCAUGCCAAGCCGCAUGAAGAACUCGUCGCUUAAGCUUAUCACCAGCUUCAAUCCCGGCGGAGGCGCCGGACAGCGAUCUACAACUGAUGAGAUGACACCUAUGAACCUUGGUAUCACACCUAUCGCUGAAUCGGCCAUCUCUCCCGGAGGUGCCACACCAUGGGCUCGACAAGCUCGUGGCAUGAGAGAGCCGUCCUCCGCUCGCACUGCCACUCCCGGAUCGUACACCAGACGAAAGCGUUACCCGUCCCGUUCGGAUGUGGACAGAAGCACUUCUGUAGAGCCUACCCCAAUCGUGCCUCCAACGCGUCGACAAACCCCUCAGACAGCAAUUGAGAACCAGAAGGGAAUCGAAAUUGAGAUUCCAUUGCACAGGCGGAGCGCUUCAAGUAGCGCAAAGGAGCCAUUUCUAUUGAGUGCUGUUGCUUAUGAUCCCACCAAAUCUACGGCCAGUACUGGGACAUCGUUGCCAUCUCCUGCUGUCGGUGUGUUCACUGCUCUGCAGGAGUCGCGCUCCAGAAAUGGGUCUCGCAGCAGAAAGCCAGGCGAUUUGCACCUAGAUAUGGGUGACAUGGUGAUUAGGGAAGCUCAUCCCUCUUCAGUCCGAUCCAUCGCGAAUGAACCCAGCCCGCCACUUACUGGCCACAGCAUGGGAGGAAGUCUGAAAAGUGCCAAGAUCCGAAGCAUUGAUCAGUAUAUCAGCAGCUUAGAUGAGGCUAGUCAUCAUGCUCGACAGCAGCGGGCUGAAAGUCGGAAACGCGGUACGAGCCGUGAGCCAACCAGUCGCAGUCGACAAGCUUCCGAGUCCCGCGGACGAGCAGCAGGAGUCAAGUACAUCAAACCUGCGAAGAGGUCUCCAUCUUCUCCAGUGUCAAUGUCUCCUGACGACGCGCAUCUGUUCUCGUCGCAGGCUGAGACAUUCGAUGCUGAGCAGUAUUACAAGGUCACGUCACCAACAGAGUCGAAGAGUUCGAGAACUGGACGCGUGCGCAGUCGCAGCAAAGCUGCUGAUUCCAGCUCAGUUCGAGCGUCAUCGAAAAUGUCUAGGAAAGCCAGAUCGCCCGAUCGAAUCAAAGCAUCGAGUAGGACUGCAAGCCGUAACCGUAGUAGACAGCGUAGUACCGAUAGAGGGGCUCCUAGUGAUAUAAGGGGCCGAACGCUGAUCCUGGAAACCUCGCAUGCAAGAUCGCCCUCCUCGCCACUACCAAUGUCAUCUCAGGCACAAUUCUAUCGUGAAGAUGAAGAGGAUUUAAAGGACGGUGCAGUAGCGGACACCGAGAGACGACUACGGCAGCGAAGCAGAAGCCAACGACCUGGCGAGCGUGGUACCAGUUCGCGUAGAGAGAGAUCGCCAGACCGCCGAGUACCACGAGAGCGAUCCUCCAGCCGUCGGCCAGGCACAAGAGAGCAAAGUCGACGUCGUGAGACUGCCCCAACGUCGCCAGAUGGAAUACUUCCUCCUACGACGUUCAAGAACAGCAGCACUACUGCAUUGCCCAGGCUUACUACAGACUUCACUGUUGAUUCAUCAGUCCAAGCUAGGAAAGAGCAGGCUCAACGUGAGCUAGAAGAACGGCGUUUGUCUUUGGCACGCCGGCCAUCCGCUCCUGUGAUUCCUUUGCCAGGAGAUUUUGCAAGACCUAUCAUGGAGCGCGCGAACAGCAACAAUGAAUUUGGAAAUAGCCCAACCUCUGCUCUUCCAUCUUUCUCCUAUGCUGACCGGGUACCUCGAAGUCAAACAGCCGAACCAGAGUUUGCUGGUCGGUACAAAGGUCCUCCAAAGACUACAUUCGGCCACUCUACUCCAUCCACACCGAUAGGCCUUCCCGCAACUCCAAGGGCUAUGCGGCAUCCUCGUUACAUGAGUCAAGACCAGGACCGAGAUGUUCCAGAUGUACCCCAGAUCCCAAGCAAUAUGCAAAGAAGCCCUCUUGGAGAGCAGCCGCCUGCUGUACCCGGCGACGACCUGGCGCCACUCCUGCCUUCAACCACAUACGGUCAACCUGUGACAAAGCCGCCGUCUCGGACCUUGACUAUGUCUGCCCCUAUCGAAAAGAACAGUCCCACACAUGGCCACUACAGUGCACAAUUUGGCAAUCCCCAUUCACGCCGGAUCUCCAGUGGAGCUGCAGCGGCCAUUGCUAAUGCCAAUCGCAUUAGCCCAACCAUUCGAGCCAGCAUAGACGAGACCAUUAGCGGUGAUAAUCAAAUUAUUGUCAUUGAAGGUGGACCUACCACACCGCCAAUGCUUCCAGAGCUUCGCCAUCUCUCCACACCACCCCCUCCACCUCCACCGCCUAUGUUUCCAAACAGCAACUCGCCAUCAACACUUGGCUCGGGUGUGAUCAAUAUUGCUAUUGAUGAGAUGAAUGGGAAUGUGAUGCCUAUUUCGGAUAUCCCACCGCCACCGCCUCCAGUACUUCAAGCUCCCGUCACAACCACGUCCCCUGUCAAUGGUCACCGACGUGGUCGUGGCAGUGUCAGUGAAAGCAUCGGCAGUCGACUUCGAGGAGUGACUGAACGUAUGCGCAGUGCCUCGCGCUCGCAGAACAAGUCGCCUCCUGUCGACCCUCAUCACCAUUCUCCCUACGAGAGCAUCCCACCCAUGGAUCUCCACCGGCGGGGCAGCGUUUCCCAUGGGAAGAGCUCCUCCUCUGAGAGUAUCAGCGACAUACAGCCACUCCUCCCUGCAUUCUCACACGGUCAGUCUCUGGAACAGCAACAGCCCUCCAUUGGCUACGUCAGAGGGCCAAAAGAGAUUCGAGCCAACAUGCCUCCUGACUACCUUCAAUGGGGCGCUGCUCCCCCGAAUAUGAUCUGA